AUGAGCAAACGAGAUAAACUUGCUGCCCUCAGAAAGGCAAGAGAAGGAGGAGUUUCCAUCUCUUCUGUCUACGAGGCACCAAAGUACGAUAGCAUUUAUGAAGAAAUCGAGGAAGAUGAUUACAGGAAGAGAAAGAGAGAUCAGUUACUCAAAGAAGACUUUGUUGUUGGUGAUGAUGGUAAUGAAUAUGUUGAUGACGGUAAUGACAAUUGGGGUGGAAACGGAAGUCGAGGAAGAGGUGCUGAUUAUUCCGGUGAUGAAGAAGGAAACGAAUUAGAAAGUGGUAAACUGGCACAAAAUCAAAAGAAGAAUGUUCCUAUCAAUAAAUUUUUUAAGCCAAGCAGCUCGUUAACAAGCAGUAAUAAAAGUAAGAGAAAGGAUCGUGUGAACGUCGAGGAUAUCUUAUUUGAUUUUGAUUUAGAUGUUCCAAAGAAAACCAGAAAAUUGAAACGUACGUCGUCACCAGCAUCCACACUUCUUUCUAAGAAACAAGUAAAAGUAGAUGAUGAUGAUAUCGAACUUAGUUCAUCUAGCUUCUUGAAAAGAACCAAGACCAUUAAACCCAAAGAAAAGUACUUGGAAGUUGAUAGUGAAAUCAAGGAAAUUGAAGAAGUCCAGAAUGAAACUCCGGAUGUCGCCAUGGAAGACAUAGAUUCGAAUAAAGAGAACAUAGCCACCAAAAUAUCGACAAUUGAAGUUAAAACAGAACCUCUGGAACCAAGUAUAGAUAUUGAACCCAAAGAGGACGAGGAUGAUGAUGAUGAUGAUGAUGAUGAUAUUGUUGUUACCAGAAGACCAAGGCGUACCGCAAAUAACAUUGAUAGAUCUGUGAACAUUCAGGCUAAGAAAGAAGUAAAAGUCAAGAAAAUGAUUGCGGAAGAUGAAGAAGAUGAACGUGUACCAGAUUCCCCAACGAAAUCUGAUUCUUUCAGCUCCUUCUCGCUGCAAUCUCGCGGGCGUGCUACCGCUGAUGAAGUUCUAGAUGAAAAUGGCAAUUUCAAGAUGUAUUGGAUGGACUAUGCGGAAGCUGAUAACUCAUUGCUAUUGUUUGGUAAAAUUAAAACUAAUAGUGGUGCUUAUGUUUCCAAUAUUUUGCAAGUCAAUGGUAUUGAAAAAGAAUUAUUCUUUUUACCAAGAAAAACUAGAAGAGUUGAUGAAGAAGAUGAGGAAGAUGGCGAAGAAGCCAAGGACAAAGGUGAACCAUCAGAAGUGACUCCCGAAGAUAUACACGAUGAGAUUGUUCCUUUGAUCAUGGAUAAGUAUGGUUUGAAUAGUAUCAAGGCAAAGCCAGAAACUAAGAAGUAUGCGUUUGAACUUCCUGAUAUACCCAAAGAAACUGAAUACUUGAAAGUAUUAAUGCCUUAUCAAACUGCAAAAAAUAAGACAUUGAAUUUACCAUCGGAUUUAGAAGGUGACACGUUCUCCAAGGUUUUUGGUACCAGUACCAAUAUUUUUGAAUCGUUUAUCUUACAAAGAAACAUCAUGGGUCCAUGUUGGUUGGAAGUUUCAAAUGGAGAUUUUCAAUCUUUGACCAAUACUUCGCAUUGUGACAUUGAGGUUUGUGUCAGCGCUCCAAAAUUUAUUAAGCCGAUCGAUGAUAAAUCGCUAGAAUCUCCAGUUUUCAAUUGUUUAAGUUUGCAUGUUCAACCAAUAUUCAAUGAAAAAACGAAUACUCAGGAGGUUGCUGCAGUCUCCAUUUCAAAUUUUUCAAAUGUUAAUAUUGAUCAUAUCUCUCCAGAUACUAAACCAGUAUCAUCCGUUACUUUGGUCAGACCAGUUGGUAUUUUGAAAUCCAGUUUCCCUCCUGGAUUGGACAAAGCUUCAAAGAAACUAGGACUUAACGUUCGAACUUUCCCUACUGAGAAAACAUUGAUCAAUUGUUUGUGUGCAUUGAUAAAGAACCACGAUCCAGAUUUUUUUGUGGGUCAUAACUUGGAAAGUUCCUCUUUGGAUAUUUUGAUUCAUCGAAUGCAUGAAUUGAAGGUUCCAACGUGGUCAAAUUUCGGAAGAAGAAACAGAAAAGUUUGGCCUGAAAGAUUGACGAGAAUGUCUCGUAACAAUUCAGGAAAUUCUUUGAUGAAUAAUAUGAAACUCAAAGAGAUUUUCCAAGGUAGAUUGAUUUGUGAUAUUUCUAACGAAUUGGGUAAAUCUGUUACGUUGAAGUGCCAAAGUUGGGAAUUAUCUGAAAUGUAUGAUUUGGUGUGCAAAAAGAAAUUGUUUAAUGCGGAUAUUAAUUUAAAUCAGUCGCAAUUUUCUGAAGACGCUAAUGCAUUACUUUCAGUUUUAAAAGACGUCUUAAAUCGCUGCAAUAUUUCAGUAGAAAUCGCAUUCCAAUUACAAAUUUUGUCUCUAUCAAGAACUUUGACCACCAUUGCUGGUAAUGCUUGGUCACAUACUUUAGGUGGUACCAGAUCUGGUAGAAGUGAGUUCUUUUUAUUACAUGAAUUUACAAGAGAUAAUUACAUUGUUCCGGAUAAAGAAAGUUGGGCCUCACAGAACAAGAACAAGAUCAUUGAAUCUAAAGAGGAUUCUCGUGAUAAUGAUGAUGACGAAAAACAUACAACCUCUAAUAGAAAAGCUCAGUAUAAAGGUGGUUUGGUGUUGGAGCCAGAAGUUGGUUUACACAAAACAUUCAUUGUUGUGAUGGAUUUCAAUUCCUUGUACCCAAGUAUUAUCCAAGAAUUUAACAUUUGUUUUACCACUAUUGACAGGGAAGAGUUCAAUAAGACUCAAAGGGAAGAUGAUUUGCCCGCUUACCCAAGUGUUGAUGUUCCUCAAGGUAUCUUGCCCAAGUUAUUGAAUUCUUUGGUUAGCCGUCGUCGUGAAGUUAAGAAACUUUUGAAAGAUCCAAAGCUCAGUUCUGCCGAGAAAUCAUCAUUCGAUAUCAAGCAGUUAGCAUUGAAGUUGCAGGCCAACUCUUUGUACGGUUAUUUAGGUUUUGAGAAGAGUAGAUUUUAUGCUAAAGCCUUGGCAAUGUUAGUGACUGCUAAAGGUAGAGAAAUCUUGAUGGAAACCAGGAAAAUGGCAGAAACUAUUGAUUUGCAUACCAUUUAUGGUGAUACCGAUUCUUUAAUGAUUGAAACUGGUACAUUAGACUAUAAUGAAGCCAUCGAGGCUGCAGCAAAGUUCCAACAACUUAUCAAUGGCAAGCACACGAUUUUGGAGUUGGGUCUUGAUAAUGUGUUUAAGAGCAUCUUGUUGCAUUCUAAAAAGAAGUAUGCUGCUGUCAAUGUUGUUCCAGCUGGCGAUGGGAAAUUCACCGAGACCCUCGAGGUUAAAGGUUUGGAUUUGAAGAGAAGGGAAUAUUCUCCGUUGACUAAGGAGACUUCGAAUUUCAUUUUGAAUAAAAUUUUAUCUGAUCAAGAUUCCGAAGAAGUUUUGUCAGAAAUUUAUGAUCAUUUGGAAGCCUUGACCUCUGACAUCAAGAAUAAUAAAAUCAGACCAGAAAAAUUCAAGAUCAAUACGAGAUUAUCUAAGGACCCUAAGAAUUAUCCAGGUGGUAAAAGUAUGCCACAAGUUCAAGUUGCUUUGAGAUUAAGAAAACAAGGUAAAAUCGUCAAAGCUGGAAGUGUUAUUACUUAUAUUAUCUGUUCUGGUGAAGAAGGAAGUCCUGCUGAAAGAGCAAGAUCUUUGCAAGAGGUUCUUGGUAAGAAUUCCAAUUUGACACCAGAUCCUAAAUACUAUCUUGAGAAACAGUUAUUCAAUCCAUUGGAAAGAUUGUUGCAAACCUACCCAGGUAUUGAUAUGGUUAGAUUGGCCAAUUGCUUGGGACUAGAUGGGAGAAAAUAUGAGAGACACAAUGCUAGUAACAGAACCUCCGUCAAUGGUCUUCAACCUUUCGAGUCUACUAUUUCUGAUGAAGAAAGAUAUAAAUACUCGAAAUUCUUGGAGCUUCAAUGUUCAUGUGGGUCGAAGUUCAGAUACGGUGGUAUUGUUCCUUCAUUUGAUUACAAGAUUGGCUCUGGUGGUGUUAUGUGCAAGCAUUGUAAUAAGACUAUGUCUACUUUGAGAAUCACUUCUCAAUUAGAAAGACAGAUAAGAUCUUUCAUUUCGUUAUAUUACUCCUCCUGGUUGAUUUGUGAUGAUCCAUCUUGUGAAAUUACUACUAGACAAAUGAGCGUUUAUGGCCGUAAAUGUCUUAGUGCUUCUUGUGAUGGUCUAAUGAGGUAUAAGUAUAGUGACCAAGAGUUGUAUCGUCAAUUGAUGUACUUCAGCACAAUCUUCGAUGUUGAGAAAAUGAAAAAGAACUCUUUGAAACAAAUCUAUUCCGUUGGUGCUGUGAAACCAGACCCAAUCACCGAUAGCCAGGUUUCCAUUUUGGCAGAGCAAAACAAAGAAUUCUUCCAUCUCUGCCGAAGUAUUGUUGAUAAAUACCUUAAUAAUUCGGCUAGAAGAUUCGUUGAUAUGGGCAGUAUCUUCAGUUUUAUGAUGGAAGCCGGUAAAUGA